CGAUGGCACAGACUCGGUGGACAAUCACAAGCGACAUAUAAAAGCUAUGUUCGACUUCUGCGCUAAACUAGGAGUCAAGUACUGGACGGCCUUCGAUUCUGACCUGGUGCCCUUCACAGAGAACUGGGAGGAGAACAAGACGCACUGGGAUGACGUCACCGAGUACAUUCAGGAACUGACGCAGAGAUACCAUAUCAAGCUGCUGUGGAUAGCUCCUGAUUUGCAUUCACAUCCCAGAUACUUAUCAGGUGCCUUUACAAGCAACGACGCAUCCACAUUCAUUCAAGCCGCCACUCAAAUAAAACGGUGUUUAGAAGUAUCACAACGUUUGAACGCAGAAUGCUUUUUAAUAUGGCCGUAUAGAGAGGGUUACCACACUCCAUUCCAAACAGAGGUCGCUAGAGAAAUAAAACUAUUCGCUAAACUACUAAAACUUACCGCCGAAUACAAAGACAGAUUGAAUUAUAGAUGUCAACUAUUAAUAAUGCCGUAUUAUAAUUCCUACCAAAGCAGGAACUUUUAUGGAGGUUGGCAACACCACCAAUGGCGGGAAAGGGACUUAGUUCAUACGUAUAUGUGGGAUGUCACUAGUUGUCUUUACUUAUUAAAGAAUUAUAACUUGGAUCGGUAUUACAAGGUGUCUGUUCCGCCUGGACAUCACAUGUAUAUGGCUAACGUAUACAAUAUGCUGGGCGGCGUGACAGUAACAAAUGAUUGGGAUCAUUACGAUAGCAGAAGACUUACUCUGAUGAUGAAAUGUAUCGUAGACCAGGGUUCAACGCCACCUGGCGGUAUAAACUUGAAACUAGUGCCUCGGCGAGACAGUGACUUGCGUGAGUUGACUACAAUGUACGUCAAGUAUAUCGACGCUUUAGCCAAAGCAUUGAGAAUGGCGUGCACUGUGAUCGCUGAACAAAUACUUUCUAAACAUCUGCAGCAACGUUAUUCCACGUACUACAGCGGUAUCGGGUCUCGUAUUAUUAGCAGCGACAUCUCUAUGGAGGAAUGCGAAGAAUAUUAUAAAAAGAACCAACCACAUGGAGACGUGCCAUCAUCAAAGUACGAACAUUUGGACGUGGUGUUCCAGAGGCACCUGGAUGCCUGCGACCAUAUAUGAUAGCUGAUAUAAGUAAUAAGUAAAAAAAAACUAUAUAAGAAAAGGUUUAUAAAAUCAUUUCAUACUUGCGCUAAGCAACUGCUUUGGAAUUUCUUUAAAAUUCUCUAUACUCCUUUCUACUUCUGUCUUAUUUCUUCAACAUAGACUUUGUUUUUUAUUUAACUGCUAAUGGACACUAAUACUGACUGUCUAUGUAACAUAAACGAAAGUCUAUGUAACAUUUCUACUUUCAUUCUUUCGUUCCUUCUUCCUAUUCUUUCCCAUCUAUUCACAUAAUUAAAACACCUUACCUUUAAAUUAGGAAAACUGUAUUUUUAACACUCAACAAAAAGUUAAAAAAAUCAUAAUUGAGUUCUUUACAAGUCAAGACAGAUGUUUCGUCUGACAGGCAAAUUCUCUUAUUGAUAAAUUGCUGUUAACUGGGUACCUAUAAGAGUAGUAUCAACUCAUUUCAUAAUAAAGAAAACAAUAAAUAAAUAUUUCAAUGUGUUUUAUUUCAUUUUGCAUCUUAUUUUCAGAUUAUUUCUUGUUUUUUUUGUAUUUUUCUUCAUAAUAUUCACAGCGACUUACAUUCUAUACAAAUAGCUAGAUACAAAUUAUGUAAAUAAUGUACACGCCAUUGUGCAACCAUGUAUAGUUAUUAUGUGUAUAUAUUGUUUAUUGAAUGUUUGAACCCACGACAACUUGUAGGAAAUAAAGCCUGGUCUUAAGUUAAAUGCAUAUUUAUGUAACACGUUUAAACUGCUUUUUCAAAUAUUACAUAACAAAAUAAUGUGGUAUAUUAGAUAAUAUAAUACAUAUAUUAUGAAGUUGUAAGGGGUUCAAAGAGUCACAAAGCUUGGAAGCAAGUCGUCAUAUAUUUCAAUUGUAUCAAGUCAUUAAAUUCGAGUGAAAUAUUUAACAUCUACUGCUCUGUUCACCUCUAAAUAAUAACUUAGUAAUUCAUAUUUUUUUAUAAAUAAUAAUCGAGUUCAGCGCCCGAUUUCUCAAGGCAGAACAACCUACAUCAUAAAGAGACAAAAAUAUACCUAAAAAUGGCGACGCCAAAAAUAUAAAAAAGAAUUAAGCACAUUCAUUAAGUCGACUUACUUACUAUAAACUUAUAUCUAAGCACAGUACACGAAUACUGUUACAAAAUAAAUAUUAAAAGCUACACUAAAUAAUAUCAUGAUUGAUUUUAUUUCACAUUUCACAAAGCGAGGUCUCCUAAUUUAAAACAAAAUGCCAAUUCCUCUAAUAUAUACAUACAAAAAGGAUUCAUAAAACAUUUCAUUGGAAAAUAGCUAAUAUAUCCUAAUACUGAAGGAACAAAAUGGCAGAACACAAAGAUAUACUUAGGAAUGAAACUGUACUGGCUAGUGAUAUAACUACAAACGAUUAUCGACUGUAAUUACAUUUUGAUAUCGCGCAGUUCUUAUAUUUGGAAGUAUCAGUAAAUAUAAGGUUCAAAAUCGUUUCAUCACUCGCCUGAAUUCAAAGUCUCUUAUGUUACGUAUAGAACGUUACAUAAUGUUCUUGAAAGAUUUCUAUAGCAAAAAUACAUACUAGAAAAAUAUUUAGCUCUUUUUCAUUAGGGAACAAAAUGAUGAGUGAAAACGCUUGCACAUUGAGCUACCCUCAUCUGUCAAAUAUUUAUAUUAGAUCUUCAACUCAUCAGUUUGUUGUUAAGUCGAAAAUCCAUUGCUAGAGGCAUAGCAGAAUAGGGUAGGUUUGUCUGCGGGCGUCUAUAUUAGAACUAUAGUCAAUUUAAUAAACAAUGUUAUUAAAAAAAAUUACGAAUGCAAAAUAAGUUGUGAAAGCUACAAUUAAUAAAAUGCGGGAUGACUAAAUUAUUUUCAUUAAUUACUAAACUGAAUAUAGUAACAAAAUAUUAUUUUUUAGUACCUAUGCAAAACGGAAUUUAAAACUUUACUUUAAAUAGAAAGCAUUUUAUGACAAUCUAUAUAAUUAAUGAUGAAUUUAAUUUUUAUAAAUAGAUCGACGAAUUGAUUACAAUAAUUUACAACGUCAAUUUAUAGCAAAUACAAUUUAAAUAAAAAGCAACGACUUAUGUAACGCAUUCGUAAAUAUUACAAGGGUUUGUUAAAAAGAGGAAACCCAACAAAAAACUUAUAAGAAUAUCGAUUGUUUAUUUCAAACAUUAUUAUUAUUGAUCAGAACCAGGACAUUAAGAAAAAACACAGACUAAAUCACAACGUAAAGUAAUCCAUUAAGUACAAGUUAUCUGUAUGAAUUUUCUUCAUAAGUUUUUAGCUAUAUUAAUCAUUAUAUUAUAUGUGACGGUUUACUCACACAACUCUGACAAAAAAUCUCGACUUGUUACAAGCCACGCUUGGAGCUCUUAUUUAAACUCACAUCAAUCAUUUUUUAUGGCAUAUGAGGGAAACAAGCUUACUUAUCAUCUGAGGGUAAGUGAUCAGCGCCGCCCAUGGCCACCCGUUACACCAGAGAAGUCACAGGCGCGUUGUUAAAUUUCAGUUAUGUAUUCAAGCAUGUUCUCAGUAACCUCUUUCUAACAAACCCAGUUAGAGCGAAUAAUUCGUUUUAAUAUACCAGUCUAGUUAUCAGCCAAUUGGGCAAGUUACUAUGGAAGUAUGUUUCUAAGUAACGCCUUUUGGGUGCACACGACAAACGCACGAAUUAAAUUCAAUAUUCUAGUAUUUGAGAGCUAUACUUACGUAUAAAAUGUUAGUAGAUUUAAUUAUUUUAACUUAAAUACAAUGAAAUAUUAUGAACAUUACAUUUUACAUAGAUUUUUUUCAAUACGAACCAGUAUGUGGGAUAUUAUAGAUGAGCAUGCUAAUUAAUAAAUAAAGUAUUCAGUAUUAAAAUACUUUUAUCGUUUUAAAUAUAUCUAUCGUUAUUCUCUGUUCGCUAAAACUCGAGAAUAGCUGGUUACUUUUGGAUAAUUUUUGGGAAGGUUUGAAAGAUCCGAACUUGUAGUGAUAAUUGGGGCAGUACAGAGUUCGCCAGUUCGGUCAGCUAAUUAUAAAUAAUUCUUGGUUAAAAACAUUAUCGUGUGUCCCCAGAAAGCAUAAAAUCGACAGUAUACUUAUUUUGUUCCCUACAAUACGUUCUAGUUCGAUAGGAACUAUUCUUUGGCUAAAAUGUUACAAUAUAUUUGUGACUCGCUCGAGGAUGCUAAGCUGUGAAUAAAUAUUAACAUUUUUGUGGAUAUGGUUAAUGAAAUAACUUGUUAUUACUGAAAUGGGCAACUAGUUAAGAUGAAAUUAUUCAUCUUUUAAAUUAUUUUUCUAAUGACGAAUAUCGAUAUUCAUCAAAAUUCGAUUGUAUGUAGAUGUCAGUGACUUUGGAAACGAUGGCGUCGUUUUGUUCCACUAAAAGCGUGCGUUUUGGAAUUUUGGGCGGGAAAUUAAAGACUUGAUUAUUUGAAAAAUGUUUACGUAGACACUUCUUUAGCAAUAAAGGUUUCAAAUGAUUUUCUUUCUUAUUUUUAAAAAUAAAAUUCUAUUUAUUAAUGACUGGUUUAACGAAUUUCAAAUCCACAUGUAAAUAGAUCCUGGACACUGGAGAUCGAGGCGACUUGUACGUUAGUUGGCAUAGACUACGGACUAGAUAUUAAUACAACCUCUCGCCUUUAGUUCCUCCGUGUAUAUAAUAUAAGCGAAUACAUAAUGUAUUACGUUGUUAUGGCAAUUUGAGCCUUAUUGUGUCUUGCAACGAAGUGAAACAUUCAGAUAAUAUUCUGCUUCUUAAGUUGAAAUUAGCUUGUUCAGAACGGAGGCAUUCGGAAAGUUGAUAGGGAUAAAAGAAUUUAUGUUGUAAUAACAGCUAAUAAGGUUAAAUUUCCUUUGCCAUACAAUAAUGUAGUGUGUUGUGGUUUAGCGAACAUUUUUAUAAUGAUUUUUUUCGGUAAUGUUAUCUACUAAUGUGCGUUAUAUACUUUAAUAUGUAUUAACUUGCUUUAAUUGGCAGUGUUCUGUCUAUACCCCUAUCAAUUGGACGGGAAUACAAUACACUAGAGGUACUAAAAACUUUUCCACCACUUCCAUAGCAAGAUGCCGAACUUACUUACAUUGUGUAAACAUUACGAUUAAUAAAUAAAUACACGGGGCCAGUCCACAACUAUAUUCACUAAAAUUACACACCACGGCUUAAACAACAAAUGGAGUGAUAACACCAUCUAAAGACACAGAUAGAUUUCAUUCUAAACAAUGCGAAAUUGACACUCCAUUUGUUCGUUACUCGUGGCAUUAACAUCUAUGCUUUUCAGCAUAUUUUUUUAGUUCUUUUUUUAAAUUUUAUACAAAUGUUUUUGCCUUACAUUUGUACACUAAUUUCACUAGUAUACGCGCAGGUCCUUAAAUCUUAGGAUGUCAAUCGUCUUUAAGGAGAAUUCCUAUUUUCUUUAGUAUCGCUAAGUCCAUGCUUCUAUUUCGUGGCGAAAAUACGUCAGAAAUGUGUCACCAAUGUACAAAAUUUCAUUAUAAGUACAUUUAUAAAUAAAGUCAAAUAAAAAACUCCGUACUAAAUCAACCACAGCUACAAAAGACGGCUUAGUCGUACUUUUUAAAUCGUAAUCGAAACAAAAACACGCGGUAACGACUUAAAUUGCCAUUUGCAAAAAAGACAAGAAAAAAGAUUUUUAUCUUUAAAAUAAAUAAGAUUAAUUUAUCUUUUUCAAGUCCAGUAGACUAGGUAUACUAGUUACCUGUGUUCUGUGGUUUAUUGACGAUUAAAUCUUCCGUUUAUGGUGACCGCCUCACUCAUCGUCAGCAGGUUCCGUGCCGAAGUAACGGUCCCCGAAGUUCCCAAUACCGGGCAACACGUAGAACUUCUCAUUGAUCUCUGGGUCCAGCGCUGAUGUCACUAUUUUUAC